CUUCCCUUCCCUUCCCUUCCCUUCCCUUCCAUCUCUUCCCUAGAGCUCUCCGAAUGCCAGGGGAAACUUCAGGAGCUGCAUAAACUUCUCCAGAGCCUGGAGUCCUUGCACCGCAUCCCGUCUGCUCCUGUCAUCUCCACAAACCAGGCCUCAGGGACCACUGAGAGACCCAAGAAGGGGAAGAGAACCAGUCGCAUGUGGUGUACCCAGAGUUAUGCAAAGGAUGACACCAUUGGAAGGGUGGGCCGUCUUCAUGGCUCAGUUCCCAACUUGUCUCGAUACCUGGAAUCUCGGGAGCCCUCUACUCCCCGAGGGCUGCCUCCCACGGAUUAUGCCCACCUGCAACGGAAUUUCUGGGUCCUGGCACAGAAGGUGCAUGGUUCUCUCAGCAGUGUCCUGGCUGCCCUCACUGCUGAAUGGGAUCGUCUUCGGGCCAGUCACCAGGGUUCAGAGAUGCAGAGACUAGGGGUCUCUGAGGUUCCAGCUGGCCAGAGGCGCCCCCACACCCUGUCCAUCUCUUCUGACACCACAGCCGACUCCUUUAGCUCCCUCAACCCUGAAGAGCAGGAGGCUCUAUACAUGAAAGGUCGAGAGCUAACCCCUCAGCUUUCCCAGCGAAGUGUCCUAUCUCUGGCAGACUCCCACACAGAAUUCUUUGAUGCCUGUGAGGUUUUUCUGUCUGCCAGCUCUUCAGAGAAUGAGGGCUCAGAGGAAGAGUCCUGCACCAGUGAAGUCACCACCAGCCUGUCAGAGGAGGUGCUGGACAUUGGGAGCACUGAGCACUGCCAGAAAGGCAUCUGUAUUCCAGAAGGAGCUGGGGUACCCCCUCGGCGGCGCUGCCUCCCUGCAGCCAGCGGCCCCGGAACCGACGUGAGCCUGUGGAACAUUCUGCGUAACAACAUCGGCAAAGACCUGUCCAAAGUAUCCAUGCCCGUGCAGCUCAACGAGCCCCUCAACACGCUUCAGCGGCUCUGUGAGGAGCUUGAGUAUAGCAACCUGCUGGACCAGGCGAGCCGCACGCCGGACCCCUGCGAGCGCAUG